AUGGCCCAUCAAGCAGAUGCGAAACGAGCUCUGGACGAGCGAGGCUACUCGGGUACGCUCAUCCGCGGCGACAACCCGCUCAAAUUAUUCGAGAAAGCCGUCCGCGAUCGCAUUAUCGACUCAUACUACUGGAAAGAACAGUGCUUUGGUCUCAACGCUGCUACACUGCUCGACCGCGCUGUAGAGUUGAGCUUCAUCGGCGGCACAUAUGGCGCUGCGCAGAAGCCGACGCCAUUUCUGUGUCUAGCGUUCAAGCUGUUGCAGCUGACGCCAGAACGCGAGAUUAUCACAUUUUACCUGGAAAAGGCUGGGGAUGAGUUCAAAUAUCUUCGUGCACUGGCGGCAUUCUACAUCAGACUGGCAUGGGAGAAAGAUGAGGAAGUUUACACCACGCUGGAGCCGUUUCUGGCGGAUGGCAGGAAAUUGAAGCGACGCGUGCGAGAAGGCUGGGCUUUGACUCAUAUGGAUGAGUUCAUCGACGACUUGUUGACCAAGACCAGAGUAUGUGCGACGACUUUGCCCAAAAUCAAUACGAGACUGCACUUGGAAGAUGCGGAUAAGCUGGAGCCCAGAGAAAGCGCGCUCGGGGAUGAGCUGGAAGAGCUGGACCGUGAUGAGGAUGAUGAGGACGAUAGGAGCAGCGACGGAGAGGCGCAAGAGAAUGGACAUGCGAGAAGUGAUGGGCAUGACUCAGAAGAUGGGAGGAGAGAGAAUGACGAGGAGAUGAGCGAUGCCGACUGAAGGGCCAGCUAUCGAAAGCUUCAUCAGUCCCAAGUCACGCCAGCCAAAUAAAUACUCUGUGGGUGGAGGAAACGCAUUCACCGACGUCCAGAUAAGCGGACGUAUGUUACGAUGGUCUGCUAUCGACCGCUAGCCAGUGGUGCGGUACUCAUCCGCGAGGAUCUCCAUGUCACGUCCACUCGGGGGAAAGUGUCGCCAGCAUCCUCCUAAGCGAAGCCGACAGCGUUCACAGCAUGUCAUACGAUAGACGUCAACGACUGCCUCUAGGCGUGCUCUGGUGUUGGUGUAUAUCGAACUAGCAGAGGAGAAGGCGGAGAGGUGGCAACGCCUCAUGACAAUCUGGGCUGUCGUACACUUGGGUAGCAUACUACUCCUAUGUCGAUUGACGAGAGAGUUGAGGUAGGGUCCUUGACUAUGUACAACAGUACAGCACAUGCGCCCGAAGGUUGGAUGAAUGCAUAUAUACCUCUUGUAUAAAAGACAAC